AUGAAUGACCGGGGUUUAGUUCAUUUGUGGGACAAAGUACGUUGUUGCUGGUUUUCACCCGUGGUUUCCGGAAAGAGGGAGGGAUUUUUGAGCCUUACGGCUGGGCGCGCUGGUGCGAUUUUUUCAGCAUUGGAAGCAGGUGAACUGUAUUGCACCCAGGUGCUCGAUUUGCCCAGCUGGCUGAAUGGGAAGGACCUGUGA